CAGAUGGAUUUUUGACGCGUCAGUCGGAUGCAUCGCCGGGCGUUGACGUUAUGCAAUUAGACGGUGUUAUCUGCUCGCGUACGGUUCGCUGGUGCAGUGCGUUCGGACUUUCGCAGCAAGCAUGAUCGGUAGUUGCUGUACGAUGAGCAGCAAGCAAUUCGGGAAGCCUGGCUGCGGACUAUGGCUGAUCAUGGCGAUCCUGUUUUUGGUGGCGGCCAGCGAUCUUGGCGCGCAGUCGACCAGAGUGCACACGAAGUUCGGCACGAUCCGGGGUUUCUGGAGCAGGAGCACGAGGGGUAGGCUUGCUGCGCACUACUUGGGCAUCCCCUACGCCGAGCCACCCACCGGGGACCUCAGGUUCCGGAGUCCAAAACCAUGGAGUCGCAAUUGGAACAGCACCUAUGACGCCAUAAAGGACGGCAACAUGUGCAUCCAACCAACCAAAGAUGAAAAAAGUAUUAUAGGCAGUGAGGACUGUUUAUACCUAAACGUUUUCGUGCCCGUACUUUCAGAGGAACGACGGACAAAAGCGAAGCUUCCUGUCGUCGUGUUCGUGCAUGGCGGAAGGUACAUCUUCGGAAGCAGCAAUAGCCACGAGAUGUCCCCUGAAUACUUGAUGAACGAGAACCUCGUUCUGGUCACGCUCAAUUAUCGCCUAAGCAUCAUGGGAUUCUUCUCCACGGAAAACAGUGUCGCUCCAGGCAAUUACGCCCUGAAGGACAUAAUAACGGCGUUGCGAUGGGUGCAGGAGAACAUCGAGGUCUUCCAUGGUGACCCUAAGUCCGUGACAUUGUGGGGACACAGUGCGGGCGCCGGGGCAGCUCACAUAUUGUCUCUCAACAAAAACACAGAGGGACUGUUCCACAGGUUAAUUCUGAUGAGUGGAAACGCGUAUUCACCGUGGAAUCUGCAUUCAAAGAACAAGAUGCGAAAAAAUUCGCUGAAGGUAGCUAAAUUGCUAGGCUGUCUGCCAAACGGCACGCAUAACGGCACCGAAGCGAUCCGAAUCGACGAAGAUCCUAACUUUGAUCGGUCCAAGGAAUCCAUCAAACGUGAGGAACAGAUGGUAGGCUGCUUAAGGUCCCUUGAUCAAAAAGCUAUUAUCAGCACCAUGAAGAAUUUCAAAAUUUUGGACGGCGUGCCCUGCUGCCCCUUCGGGCAUGUUAUCGAAGAGAAGUCAGAAGACGCUGUGAUAUCUGAGAAUCCGUUCAUUGUUAUCAAGAAAGGACAGUUCAGAGACAUACCUUGCAUAAUUGGGAUAACCAAGGAUGACGGCAUGGUGAAAACGAUGGUUGUGAAGAAUAACAAAGACCUGCGAAAGAAGUUAACGGAGAACUUUAAGGAACUUUUACCCCUCCUAGUGGAGUAUCAGGAAUUAGUAACCGAUCGGCACAAUUUCGCCAGAGCCGUAAGGGACUUCUAUCUUCUGACGAACGACACUGAAAAAGAUUUUCAAAACCUUACCAAUGUAGUAAGCGAUGCUAUAAUGAUCUACCCGGUGUACGAAUUACUGAAACAUCAGUCGACUCUCAUGAAAUCGAGCACCUUCUUUUAUUACUUCGCGUACCAGGGCACGUACAGCACCACCUUCCUAUCCGGGACGCCAAUACACUACGGGGUCUCGCACGGCGACGACUUGAACUACUUACUACCGUUCUUGAAUAAAAGGUACAAGGAUUAUUAUGGGCAGCAGACUAGCGAAGACGACACCACUAUGACGAACAUUAUGACUGAAUUCUGGGUCAGCUUUGCAACCACGGGGGUGCCGAAGGCUUGGAAAGUACCACCCUGGCCGGACUACAAAGUUGAAAAGAAGCACCUGGUGAUAGGAAACGGAACGAGCUUAGAUAUCACAGUGGGCGACGACGAGUUGUUGGCAACAAGGAUGGCAUUCUGGGAAGAGAUGAACGAAAGAUACACGAACAAAUUGGGAGACCCAGAGAUACCAAAGGAAGAAGUUCCCAAAGAAACGACACCAUCGAUCUCGUUCCGGAACUACAGUGAUCUGUUAAUGUUAUUAUUAACAACGAUAAUCGCGAUCGCAUAGUAGAAAUGAUUCCGUAAGAUUGCUACAAUAAAAAAAAGACAACUGACGGUCGCAACGACAAGCGAAAGUGCACGCAGGCCAGACACCCUUUACUUCACGCGGGACAGAAAGACGCACGAACGACGAUGAAUAAUUGACCGUCGGGUAGAUUAUCAACGGCGAAAUCUCCCAAAGGGCUCUGUCCCCGGCUCUAAUAAGACAGGGCUAAUAAACGAAAAGCAUAAUGGAAUCCGCUGGAAAUUAAGUUCACCGUGUGGGAGAGUUAACGCGUGCAUCAAAUAUGCAGACGGCCGGCUUCCAGAUGGGCUCCUUCCGCGCUCGGGGAAAUUAAUCAUCCAGUCUGGGUAACCAGUGUUUGUCUUCUUUCCGUUUCCGGCCCGUAUCGCGCCGCAGCGGAAAGAAGUUGCGGCCGGAGAAACCGUGGUCGGAAGCAAUGACUAUGCAACGAGGACAAAUUGAAGACAAACGCGGCCCAUUUCUUUCGGGAACCCGUUUAAAGAGAAGCGAUUCCGCUUACAGCUGAUCGGAGAACCCCUGAGAUCCCGCACAGAGGUUAAAUACUUAGAGACACGUCCUUAUUUUCGCGACCGGUAGCAAAGGCACUGACGUCGCGGUUUCUUCACUUUGCGAUGAAUUCGGACAUUUUCAACUCCAACUAAAGUAGACUUUAUCAUAAAUUAAAAGUAUCUACAUAAUUGAAAACCUACCAAAUUUACGCUGGAUACGGUUUGCAUAUUCUUGCAUAUACUUUGCAUAUUCACUACGUAUCGAUAUAAAACUUAAUUUACUUAAUCAAAUCACCGGGAGCGAGAGGCGCGACGGUAGCCAAGAGGCGUAGCUCUCACGAUUCCUAUGCUGCGUGCUGGUUAAUUCCGAGCCCUGAUCUAGAGCAACUAAUUCGAGCCCUAAUCAAAGUAGCCCUACCCAAACUAAAGCAGAGCUAACCUGAUCUAGAUCAACUAAUCCAGGACUAAUUUGGACCAUGCUUAAAAUGGCUCCCGAUUCUGAACCGCCACCUUAGGGAUGAUAAGGGUCCUAGGUCAUACCAUUAUUGUUUAAAGUAGUUAAAUUGGUUUUAUAAUUCUAGCAGAGAGGGCUCAAUAAUAUGCCAGUUUGUUGUUACGCUAAUUUCGUCGGUGGUUGCCAGCAGUUUUAGUGGCUUAAGUAGUUCUCGUGUUUAUCAGUUAGCUUCAUUGGACAGAACCGAGCUUGCGAGCACCCUUCACCCGUGCCUCUUCGGAUACGAGUUUGAUAACGGGAAUUAAAUCGGUGGAUUAGCGGUUCAACUUCAGAAAUUUUCCGCAUGCCAAGUACCCGCGGCCUAACUUUCUGCUUAAUUCGAUUACCGCGCUACUUUCAGACACGAUACUCCCACGAUUACAUCGGCAAGGUCCGAACGCAUUAUAUAAUAGUAACACGUGAUUCACGUUGUAAUCAUUUACGAUUUCUUUGCAUCGAUAUGUAUGCUGAUUUUCUGGUAGGUAGAAUAUACGUCUGUUAAUGCAA